UUGUGAAAGCGGGUAUGCCCUCAGAUCCUCGUAACCUCCAUCCUAGACGCCGAGCAGCCGAUCACCAAACAGCACUAGAGAGACAGAAAUGGGAGAAUAAAUAGGGAUGCUCGCACGCCGUAAGGGACACUGGAGGUAGAUGUGAGGGAUAACUGCAACUGGUGAGAGAAUCCCUCCACUGGGCUCCCCCCAUCCCAGCCCUCUCCUACACCAGCCUUCAGAGCCCCAUUCCCAACAGCCAACAUGUUCUCCUCCAACUUUCUGAGUGGGGGGAAUCCUCUAAGUGCAAUGUCCUCUGCUGUAAACAAGUUCAGUCUUUUUGGGGAUGAGGAGGAAAAGCAACAACAGCAGCCUCCAGGACCCCCAAAGCAGAAGGACGCUCAACAGCAGGGGAAUGGCCAACCACCCUCACAGGGAUCUCCUAGGCAAAGUGGACAGCAGACGCAGGGUGUGGGAAGGGGAGGCCAAGGAGCUGGACGAGGUGGAUCUCAACUGCAAGGAGCUGGACGGGGUGGAUCUCAACCGCAAGGAUCUGGACAGGGAAGUCCUGUACAGCAAGGAGCUGGGAGAGGAGGUCUUCCACAACAGGGAGUGGGCAGGGGUGGAUCUCCUAAGCAGGGUGUUGGGAGGGGUGGACCUCAACAACAAGGCCCAGGUGGACCUGGGUCUCAUCCAGGAGGUGCAGUUGGCUCAAGGCCUCCUUCAGCAGAGCCUCAGGUGAAAGGUGGACCUGGAGCUGGGGUGAAAUCCCUCUGCCCAGUCUGUAAAAAUACAGAACUCAAUCUUAAGUCCAAGGAUUCGCCCAAACAUAACACCUGCACACAAUGUAAAUCAGUGGUCUGCAACAUGUGUGGGUUCAGUCCUCCAGAUGCAACUGCUAAGGAGUGGCUCUGCCUGAAUUGCCAGAUGCAAAGAGCUCUGGGAGGGGCAGAGAACAGCGGACCUCCUACACUAAAAGCUCAACCACAGCCCAAGGACUCUGUACCAUCACAGAACCCUGCAAAGAAAGACACUCCUCAUAGUAAGCAGAUGCCGCCAUCUGCCAGCCAGCCAACCAAACCAACAGAGGUUCAGAAACCGUCAAGCCAGUCCAGCACAAGUGCAACUCAUCCGUCGCAGCAAACGUCACAACAAAAACCUCUUCCACAGCAGACAACAAAAGGUGCUCCUCCUGCCAAAACUGAGACAUUGUCAAAGACUGAGCCCCCUAAAAAAGAAGAAGAGUCUAGUUUCUUUGGUUUCGGAUUCGGUGGCGCUCGAUCCCGCUCUCCUUCUCCACAGCCCGGUGCCUCUUCUGUUUCUGGAAAGGUUCUGGGCUUUGGUUCUUCGUUUCUUAGCUCAGCAUCCAAUUUGAUUUCAGCCAUCCAGGAUGAGCCCUCCACAACCCCACCGACCUCUCGAAAGGGUUCCAGUGUUUCCCAAACCUCUGCCAAGAGUACCACACCUCCCUCCUCAAGAAAAGGCUCAGAGGCCACUAAGGGCUCCCCUAAUGUUUCUAAAUCACAAACACAGGAGGGAAAAAUCCAACAGCAACAAAAUAGACCCCAAGACACUCAAAAAACAGCAACAAAGGAAUCUGCUCAGGCUACCAAAUCAGAUCAAAGCCCGAAACUUCUUCCCAAAGCCUGUCCACUCUGCAAGGCAAGCCUGAGAAGAGAUCCUCCCAACUAUAGUACCUGCACUGAAUGCAAGGCCACUGUGUGUAAUCAGUGUGGAUUUAAUCCUGUGCCUCAUCAAACAGAGGCAAAAGAAUGGCUUUGCUUAAACUGCCAGACGCAGAGAGCGCUGAAAGGAAUGGAGCCUGCGGGACAACCCCUUAUAAAGUCCCAAACACAGCCUAGCAAAUCUCAGAAGAUGGAAUCUACACAUGGUCCUUCAGAGAAACAGCCCACAGCUCAGCCAACAAAGAGUAGUCCUGCCAACCAACCUGCUGCUCAGAAAAAGGAAAUGCAUGAACAACAGACUAGUGCAGCAGGAGCAAAGCAAGCUCCCUCCCCUAAGCCUUUACAGCAACCGAUAGCAAAAAAUGCCCCCUCUCCUCCUGUGUCUAAAGCAGCACCACAGACUGAGCCUGAGCAAGAACAGUCAGGAUUUUUCGGCUUUUCAGGCUUUGGUGGAGCCCGGUCACGAUCACCAUCCCCUCAGCCUGCUGUUUCGGCCACGUCUGGUAAGGUCCUAGGAUUUGGGUCGUCCUUCCUGAGCUCAGCAUCUAAUCUCAUUUCAUCAGCUGUUCAAGAUGAACCAUCUGCAACACCACCAACCAAUCCUCAAGCACCUUCAGUCUCUCAAACUCCACCAACAUCUCGCAAAGCAUCCGCAACAUCGCAAGGGCCUGCCUUAUCAGCGUCUACAGGAAAGGCUAAUCAAUCAGAUGGUCAGAAAGAAGAGAAAAAGACAGAGCUAACUGCUGACCAAAAGAACAAGGCUCCAAUAUCUCAAAUUAAAAAAGCUGAACUUCCUUCGCAGAUGCCAAAAGCAGACAAAAGCCCUCAAACCUUGCCCAAAUCCUGCCCACUCUGCAAGGUAGAAAUCAAAAAGGACCUUGCCAACUACAACACCUGCACUGAGUGCAAAAACACUGUGUGCAAUCUCUGUGGAUUCAACCCAACACCACACCAAACAGAGUUGAAAGAAUGGCUUUGUCUAAACUGUCAGACUCAAAGAGCUCUAAGAGGAAUGGAGCCACCAGGACCUCCGAAGUCAGAGACCGCAGCACAGCCCAAGAAAACCCCUAUCGCUCAACCACUGGCUUCACCGUCAAUUCAAAAGAAAGGUGUUUCUGAAUUGGACAAGUUAGGCAAGAAAACUGAGCCUCCUCAACAAACCAAGGCUCCAAAUGGUACUCUGCCAAUCCAAAAAACCCAGCAGCAAGACAGUGAAGCCAAAUCUGAAGUUUCUGCCAAGACAGCCAAGGAAGAAUCUGGAUUCUUUGGCUUUGGUGGUGCUAGGUCAAGGUCUCCAUCUCCUCAGCCUGCUAUGUCUGCUGUACCUGGGAAGGUUCUUGGUUUUGGUUCCUCCUUUCUCAGCUCUGCAUCUAAUUUAAUAUCUUCAGCUGUGCAAGAUGAGACAUCUACAACACCGCCAACCUCCCGCAAAGCUUCCACAGUUUCCCAGAGUUCAACACCACCCACGUCUCGGAAGAGCUCUGCUGUUCCACAGACCACAAACACAGGGGAUACUAAACAGCCUACUGCACAAAAACAGGACAAAAAGAUUUCUGAGUCACCUCAGCUAGCUAGUAAAUCUUCUGUGAAAGCAAAAACAGACCAAACAGUGUCUGCAAAAGUUGACAAAACUCCCCUGCCUCUUCCCAAAGUCUGUCCACUUUGCAAAGCAGAUAUUACCAGUGAUCCUCCUAAUUUCAGCACCUGCACCGAUUGCAAAAACAUUGUGUGUAACCGUUGUGGAUUUAACCCUAUGCCUCAUCAAAAAGAGGUGAAGGAAUGGCUCUGUCUAAAUUGCCAGAUAAAGAGAGCAUCUGAACCUACACAACAAGACAAAACAGGAGCUCCUCCAGGAGCCAGUAGAACUGAGGACCAGUCUAAAACAGCACUUGGAAAACCCACUCCUACGUCUACAACACAAAAUCUCCCAAAGGAGAAACCUGCACAGAAAGAAACCACAAAACCUCAACAGCCAAAAGAUAGUAGUGCUCCAGCCAAAUCCGAAACCACAACACAAUCAGACUCUUCCAAAGAAGAUACAGGUUUCUUUGGCUUUGGUUUUGGUGGUGCUCGAUCUCGAUCACCUUCUCCUCAACCUGUUGUCUCGGAGAAAGUUCUAGGCUUUGGUUCCUCGUUCCUCAGCUCAGCAUCUAAUCUCAUAUCUUCAGUAGUUCAGGAUGAAUCAUCCACACCACCAACACCUCGUAAAGGUUCAACAGUUUCCCAGACCUCGGUGAAGUCUACAACACCACCUGCCUCUCGUAAGGGUUCGUCAGUUUCACAGAGAUCUCUUAAAACCACAUCUGCUGUGGGAGCAGCGGCUACAUCCCGCAAGGGAUCCACAGCAUCUCAAGACGCAACAAAAAUGCAGGCUGGGGAAAAUAAACCUCUAUCUCAAAAGCAAUUGGAAGACAAGAAGUCCUUGCAAUCUCAACCUUUGAAAGCACCAUCUACACCUGCAUCAAAGCCUCGAGCAGCUGAUAUGUCCACUCAGGCUCUGCCUAAAGAAUGCCCACUUUGUAAAGUGGAGCUCAAGAAAGAUCCUCCUAACUUCAACACCUGCACUGAAUGCAAGAGCAUUGUAUGCAACCUCUGUGGGUUUAAUCCCAUGCCUCAUCAAACCGAGGCACAGGAGUGGCUUUGCUUAACCUGUCAAGUGCAGCGAGCAUCAAUGCCUACUCAUGCAGAGCCUCAACAUCAAGCUAAGAAAGUAGCCCCAGUGCCAAAGAAGAAGGAGCAAGAUCUUCCAGAACCUGUACAGAAGAAACAAAAUGCAGAGGAAGCCACCAAUACUGGUCAGAAAACAGCUGUAGUAGGGGGAAAGGAGCCAAGUGAUGUGACACCACAACAACCCAGUCAACCGAAGACCUCACAGCAGACGAAAUCAGACAAGCCUCAAGAAAAACAAUCCAAAGCACCACCCAAGGCUGAACCUCAUCAAGAAGAGUCUGGAUUUUUUGGGUUUGGCUUCGGUGGAGCUCGAUCCAGGUCUCCUUCACCUCAGCCUGCUGUUUCUGCUGUGUCUGGGAAAGUUUUAGGUUUUGGUUCCUCCUUCCUUAGCACAGCCUCUAAUCUGAUAUCGUCAGCCGUUCAGGAUGAGCCUUCCACAACACCACCAACCUCCCGCAAAGGUUCAUCAGUUUCUGAAACAACUCCUCCUCCUGGCUCCCGUAAAGGCUCUACGGUAUCUCAGUCAUUGUUCAACAACAACACAACAUCACCUAGUUUACGAAAAGGUUCUGAAACUACGCAAGGUUCUCAGAAAGCUCAACCUAGUAAAGAUACUAAACCAUCAGUUGAACAGAAACAAGAGGAGAAGACACCAUUACCACAACAGGCUAAGGAGCCAUCAAAUAAACUGAAAGAGGAUAAAUCAGAGACGCCUAUUUCCAAGCCUCUUCCCAAGGUCUGCCCACUUUGCAAGGUGGAGCUCAAGAAAGAUCAAUACAACAGCUGCACUGAAUGCAAAAACAUUGUAUGCAACUUGUGUGGUUUCAACCCUAUGCCCCAUGAAAAUGAGGUGAAGUGGCUUUGUUUGACGUGUCAGAUGCAAAAAACACCAGAACCUCCUCCUGCGCAGCUUCACUCACAUGCUAAGGAAGUUGCACCACUUAAAAUAGAUACUCACACUCUAGAGGCUUCACAGAAGAAGCCACAUCUUCCGGCAGAUGCAGUUCAAAAGGAUAAGAAACCAGAAGUGGCAGAGAAACCAGCAGAAAAUGUACAACCCACCCAAAGAGACACAAAACAUACUGCAGAAGUUCCAAAGUCAGAAUCUCAAAAGACUGAUUCACAACCAGACAAACCUGGAUUGUUUGGGUUCGGUUUUGGAGGAACUAGAUCUCGAUCACCUUCUCCUCAGCCUGCUGUCUCUGCUGUCUCAGAUAAGGUUCUAGGGUUUGGUUCUUCAUUCUUAAGUUCAGCAUCUAAUCUAAUCUCAACAGCUGUUCAAGAUGAGUCCUCUACAACACCAUCUAGUUCUCGCAAGGCUUCAACAGCUUCUCAAAUGUCUGAUAAGACACCACCAACCUCUCGCAAAGGUUCUGUGGUUUCACAAAACUACAGUAAAUUUAAUACCACUCCACCUUCCUCUCGUAAGGCUUCUACUGUUUCACAGACUUCUGUUAAAACAACUCCCCCAACCUCAAAGAAGGAGCCUGAAGCUGCAGUAAACUCUAAAAACAUUGAAAAAACAGAUGAGGUAAAAACUAAAGUUGCAGAGACAGAAGAAGAAGCCACUAAAGGAGCUACCUCACAGCAACAGAAACAAGGAAAGACCCAAGGUGGACAUGUUCCCGUCUCCUCUGAAAUCCCUGAAGAGUCCAAAGGUAGAUCUCAGUCUCCUUUAAUUCCACCCGCAGCAUCUGCUGUCUCUGGAAAGGUUCUUGGAUUUGGUUCCUCCCUCUUUAGCUCAGCAAGUAAUCUGAUCUCAUCAGCUCUAGAUGAGCCUUCUACAACACCGCCUACUUCUCGCAAAGGUUCCACGACUUCCCAAUUAUCUGCAAAGACUACAACCCCACCCUCUUCUCGUAAAGGCUCAUCGGUUUCUCAGACUUCAGACAAGAUUACCACUCCACCUUCCUCACGAAAAGGUUCGGGAGUUUCUCAGACAUCUCUCAAGACUAGCACACUUCCUGCUUCCCCAAAAUUAUCUGAUGCCUCUCCUAAAAUGCUUCCUUCAGAUGACAAAAAAGUACAUCCUGAAAAUAUUCAAGAAGAGAUCAAAAAAGAUAAUAAGAAAUCCAUGGUCAGUCAGGCACAGCCAACAACAGAUCUACCAGAAACAACAAGGACAGAGUCCACAAAAUCAUUUCUCAAAGCCUGCCCUCUUUGUAAAGUCGAUUUGCAGAAGGAGCCUCCCAAUUACGAUACCUGUACUGAGUGCAAAAACACUGUGUGUAAUCUAUGUGGCUUUAACCCCAUGCCCCAUGAGACAGAGAAAAAGGAGUGGCUAUGUCUGAACUGCCAGAUGCAGAGAGCUCAAGCUGAGGCUAACAAAGUACCUCCACCAGUAUCGCCACUAAAGAAAGCAACACCAGCUCCUGUUCCUCCACAGAAGAAGCCACUUGAUUCCACAGAUGCCACUGAAAAGGCAAAGACUGCACUAUCUGCAGGUACAGCACCAGAGUCUAGGAAGGCAAGUGCAGUUCCACCAACACAGAAGCCACCCCAGCAGCAGGAUAUCAAAAAUCCAGUAGAACCAACACAGAAGGACAAUACUAUAUCCACAAAAUCUCCCGCUCCAUCAAAGACUGCAUCCACAAAAGAAGAGAGUGGCUUGUUUAGUUUUGGGCGCUCUAGAUCGCCUUCUCCCCAACCUGCUGCUUCCAGUGUUUCUGGGAAGGUCUUUGGAUUUGGAUCUUCCCUGUUGAGUUCAGCUUCUAAUCUUAUCUCCACUGCUGUACAAGAUGAGUCCUCCACCACAACACAUCAGCAGGUUUCAGCAGCUUCACAAACGCCUGUGAUGACUACAUUAACACCAGCUACUUUUCAGAAAGGAUCAGAUGAUGUGUCACCAAAACAGGGAGCUAAAUCUGUUGAAGUGCAGAAAGACAAGAAACCUAAAGAGAAAAUGACAGAAGGUCAGGGAAAAGCUGUAAUAAAAGAGGGUGACCAGAAGUCAGAGCCACCAAAGGCUUGCCCUCUUUGUAAAGCAGAAAUAAAGAAGAAUCCACCAAAUUACAGCACAUGUACUACUUGCAAGAGCACUGUGUGUAAUCUCUGUGGAUUCAACCCAAUGCCACAUCAAACUGAGGUGAAGGAAUGGCUGUGUUUGAACUGCCAGAUGCAGAGAGCUCCUGAACCUCCAGUUGUGAAACCAGGAACUCAGACUACUAAAUUACCUCCACCUGCGUCACCCAAAAAACAAGACACUGAGGUUGUUGUAGCAGAUGAUCAGAAACUUAAUGCUUCUGAGAAACAAGAAGGCAAACCCAGUCUGGCAGAUUCUAAACAAACUACAUCAGAAGCCCAAAAAUUACCUGCUAAAUCCAAUCAACCGCCUAAAUCUGAACCUCCUAAACAGGAUUCAGAUUUUUUCAGCUUUGGUUUUGGUGGUUCUCGUUCAAGGUCACCAUCUCCUCAGCCCGCUGUGUCUGCUGUCUCUGGGAAAGUUCUAGGCUUCGGUUCUUCCUUCCUUAGUUCAGCAUCAAAUCUGAUCUCCUCGGCUGUCCAGGAUGAAUCUUCUAAAACUCCACCAACAUCUCGCAAAGGGUCUACUGUUUCCCAGACUUCAAAUAAGACCACACCAACACCUCCCGCUUCUCGAAAAGCAUCAGUAGCCCCACAAGACACUAAAAUCAAUCUGCCUGCAGCAGAAUCUAAUCCAACCUCUCCACCAAUCCAAGAACAGAAAAAGCCACCAGAUGCUCAAUCAUCCAAACCUCUACAAGCUCAAAUGAAAGAGGAACAUCCAAAAUCUUGCCCACUCUGUAAAGAGACCCUUAAGAAGGACCCACAAAACUACAGCUGUUGCACUUCUUGCAAAAGCAUUGUUUGCAAUCUCUGUGGAUUCAAUCCCAAUCCACAUCAAACUGAAGCGAAGGAGUGGCUGUGUUUGACCUGCCAGAUGCAGAGAACUACAGGGCCUCCCCCAGCUCAGCCACAGCCUAACAAAGUACUUCCGCCAGCAUCUCCACAAAAGAAAGAGACUCCAGAGAAGAAGCCAAGUGUUACAGCCAUGCAGGAGAAGAAGCCAAGUGUUACAGCUGAGCAGGAAAAGAAACCUCCUAUAGAGACCAAAACACCAACAACACCAAAUACUCAAAUAUCUAAAGGUGAUGCUUCUCCCUUCAAGUCUGCUUCACCACCUAAAGGUGAACAGAUCAAAGAAGAGUCAAGUUUCUUUGGCUUUGGUUUCGGUGGUGCUCGUUCUCGGUCUCCCUCUCCUCAAACUGCUGUCUCUGAUAAGAUGUUUGGUUUUGGAUCCUCCAUCCUCAGCUCAGCAUCUAACCUGAUCUCCUCGGCUGUUCAGGAUGAGUCCUCAAACAAAACUCCACCAACAUCUCGCAAGGGAUCUACAGUUUCCCAGACUUUAAGUAAGACCACACCAACACCACCACCUUCUCGAAAAGGAUCAGUUGCUCCUCAGGAUGCUAAACAAAAACCACCUGAAGGGGAGUCAAAGCCAGUUGUUACAUCAGUGCAAGAACCAAAGCCAGUACAGAAAACCCCAGAUCCUAAUCAGGCCAAACCUCCACAUGCUCCAGAGGAGCUUCCAAAAACCUGUCCACUUUGCAAAGAAACCCUCAAGAAGGACCCACAGAACUACAGCUCUUGUAGUUCCUGCCAGAAAAUUGUUUGUAAUCUUUGUGGAUUCAAUCCCAAUCCACAUCAGUCCGAGGUGAAGGAGUGGCUAUGCUUGACCUGUCAGGUACAGAGAACCUCAGGACCUCCCCCAGCUCAGCCACAACCACAAUCCAACAAAGUACCACCAGCAUCUCCAGAAAAGAAGCAGAGUGUCCCUGCUGAGCAGGACAAGAAACCUCCAGCAGAGACUAAAAAACCUACAGAUACUCCAACACCAAAUGCUCAGAACUCUAAAGAUGAAGCUUCUCCAUCCAAACUUGCUCGAUUAUCUAAAGUCGAACAAACUAAGGAAGAGUCUAGUUUCUUUGGCUUUGGUUUUGGAGGUGCUCGACCCCGGUCACCUUCUCCUCAAUCUGCUGUCUCUGAGAAAGUUUUUGGUUUUGGGUCAUCCUUCCUCAGUUCAGCAUCUAAUUUGAUAUCCUCAGCCGUUCAAGAUGAGUCAUCCACCAAAACCCCACCUAGUUCUCGUAAGGGAUCCACCGUGUCCCAAAGUUCUGUUAAGACGACACCAACACCACCAACCUCUCGUAAAGGUUCAGAAGCUUCACAAGCCACACAAAAAAUUAAACCAGCAGAAGCUAAACUUGUUACUGCACAGAAGCAGGAUGAAAGGAAAAAAGAGGGAGAUAAACCACAGGAUGAGAAGACCAAAGAACCAGUCUCUGAUGUGAAAAUUAACAGACCAGCUCUGGAGCUUCCGAAAGCCUGUCCAAUCUGUAAAGUGGACAUAAAGAGGGAUCCACCAAAUUACAACACUUGCACUGAAUGCAAGGAGACGGUGUGCAAUCUUUGUGGAUUUAAUCCCAUGCCUCAUCAAACUGAGGUUAAGGAAUGGCUGUGUUUAAAUUGCCAGGUGAAAAAAGCUCAAGUGACUCCCUCUGCCCAACCACAGCCACAGGUUAUCAAAGCAUCUCCACCAACGAUAGCAGAAAAUAAAGAGGCUCUUAUACAUGCUCCAGUUCCGGUGUCUCCAAAAAAUAAGCCAGAUGUCAUUGAGAAGAUAAGCCCAUCAGCUGCUACAGAAAAUCAAGCGAACAAACCUUCACAAGCUACAACACAACCAAGUGAAAUGCCAAAACGUGAUCCUUCUCCUGUAAAAUUGGCUGUACAACAGAGACCAGAACCUUCUAAAGAGGAAUCAAGUUUCUUUGGCUUUGGUUUUGGUGGUGCUCGAUCUGGAUCCCCUCAGCCUUCGGUGACUGCUGUCUCAGGGAAGGUUCUGGGCUUUGGAUCUUCCUUUUUGAGUUCUGCAUCUAAUCUAAUCUCCUCAGCCGUUCAAGAUGAGUCCUCCACAACGCCUCCAACUUCUCGUAAGGCUUCCACAGCUUCUGAAACAUCUGCAAAGAUUACAACACCACCAACAUCUCGUAAGGCAUCUGUUGUUUCCCAAACUUCACUUAAGACUACACCAACACCUCCCGCUUCUCGGAAAGGAUCUGUUACUUCCCAAAAAGUUCCACCUACUGGUGACACAAAAGCACCUGUAACAGACAAACCAAAGGAGGACAAAACAGAUGAGAAGAAGGUGCAACAGGCUAUUGCAGUAGUGGCAGUUGCAGCUUCUAAAGUAGAAACCAAAGCAUGCCCUCUUUGCAAAGUGGAUCUUAAUGUGGGUUCAAAGGACACUCCUAACUACAAUACCUGCACUGAGUGCAAGAACAUUGUUUGCAACCUCUGUGGAUUCAACCCAACACCCCAUCAAACAGAGGUCAGUGAAUGGCUUUGUUUGAACUGCCAAACACAGCGAGCAUUAAAAGGAAUGGAACCACAAGAACCUCCCAAAAUAAAGACGCAUGAAACCCAACCUGAAAAUGUCUCCACCUCAGUACCACCUCCAAAAACAGAAAGCGUAACACCAGGGGCACCACCACUGGUGUCAACCAUGGUUCCUGAUGUUGCUGAAACCCAAAAGAAAGAGAUUCAAGCUGCGGCCAUCCCUGAUAAACCUAAGACUCCUGUUUCAGUGGAUGCCCAAAACAAAGAAUCAGUCUCAGCUUCAUCUAAACCACUAGAGACUAACAUAAAGGCACAAUCUGCAGCACCUCAGAAGAAAGAAACAUCAGAUUCAAAGAAAGAUAAAGAACCUGAGAAACUCUUGAAGGACUCUGACAAGUCUCCAGUAAAAUCUGCUCCACCUCCACAGGCAGAGCCACCAAAACAGGAAUCCAGUUUCUUUGGUUUUGGAUUUGGUGGUCCUAAGGCACAACCUGCUUCCCCUAAGCCAUCUGAGUCAACCACUGGGAAACUCUUUGGCUUUGGUGGCUUGACAGAAACAGCUAGAUCCCGGUCACCAUCACCACAGUCUGUUUCUGCUGUCUCUGGGAAAGUUCUGGGCUUUGGAUCCUCUAUAUUUAGCUCGGCAUCUAAUUUAAUCAGCUCAGCUGUUCAGGAUGAACCUUCCACAACACCACCAACUUCUCGAAAGGCAUCCACAGUUUCCCAGACCUCUGUUAAGUCUACUCCUCCCACAUCUCGCAAGGGAUCUGCAGUGGCAGUAGACUCUAGUAAGAUUGGAGACACCAAACCACAUGCAGGACAAGAUGUAGAGAAACCAGUGGAGAAGAAACCAGAAAUCAAGCAAGUCACAGCACCCAAACCACCUCAGAAACCUGCUCCUGAAGAAGUCAAGACCUAUUGUCCAUUAUGCAAGGUAGAACUCAAUGUUGGUUCCAAGGAUGCUAAGAAUUUUAACACAUGCACGGAAUGCAAGACAACAGUGUGCAGCCAAUGUGGAUUCAAUCCAGUGCCUCAUCAAACAGAGGUUGAGGAAUGGCUCUGCUUGAAUUGCCAGGUGCAACGGGCACAAGCAGGGAUGAAAACAUCUGAAAGUUCCACAGUGAAACCUCAGCAAGUUCCCAUAGUGAAAGACAACCAAACUCCAUCUAACGUUGACAAGAUAUCUGCAGCUCCAGUUGAGUCCAAACCUGAUGAGAAGCCUGCUGAAAAGAAAGCUGCUCCUGCUCAAGAACUAAAGAAAGAGAUCUCAGUUCCAAGCCCUCAGCAAAAGGCAGGUCCUGAUACCAAGACAACUGAUACAGUCACCCCAAGAAAAGAACCUCCUAACCAAAACAAUACUCAACCAGAUCAGCCACACAAAGAUACAACCACUCCUGUAAAAUCCGCUCCAGUUACUGAGGUUGCACCCCCAAAACAGGAAUCAAAUUUCUUUGGUUUUGGAUUAGGUGGUCCUAAAGCACAGCCUACUUCUCGGAAACCAUCUGAGUCAACCACAGGAAAGUUCUUUGGCGGAUUUGGUGGCCUGACGGAAACGGCUAGAUCUCGUUCACCCUCACCACAGUCGGUUUCUGCUGUCUCCGGGAAAGUUCUGGGCUUUGGAUCCUCAUUGUUUAGCUCAGCGUCUAAUCUGAUCUCUUCAGCUGUUCAAGAUGAGCCAUCUGCAACACCACCAACUUCACGAAAAGCCUCCACAGUUUCUACUGAAUCUGGCAAAGCUGCCACAACGCCAGCUUCUCGUAAAAGCUCAGUGGCCUCUGCCAAGACCACACCGCCAACAUCUCGCAAAGGAUCUGUUGCAACAGAACCCAAUAAGGUACUUCCUGAAAAAGAGAGCAAACCACCUGUUGAAAAGAAACCAGAGCAGCUCAAUGAGGGGAAAGUGUCAAGGAUACCUACUUCAGAAAAGGAUAAACCUGAAACUGGACAAGAUAAAUUAGUAAAAGGUCUUGAAAGUGCACCUCAACCAUCCACCUGCCCACUCUGCAACGUGGAUCUUAACGUGGGCUCAAAGGACCCUCCGAAUUACAACACCUGCACUGAAUGUAAAAGUGUUGUAUGUCAUCUCUGUGGAUUUAACCCCAUGCCUCACCUUGCUGAGGCUGAGUGGUUGUGUUUGAAUUGUCAAACCAAGAGAGCUCUUGCUGGUCAGCUGGGAGACAUGGGUAAAAUACCACCCAUAUCCAGCCCGGUACCCACAAAAGACAAGCCUACAGUGGCACCCAAAACACAGCUGUCCGAGACUCCUGCACCUGCACAGAUACCUAUUCCAAAAUCUGAGCCAAAUCCAUCACCUGGAAAGCAGGCAGAGGAAGAGAAAACCACCCCUACUACUGUUGCAAAGGCAGCGGUGACCACUUCAGUGGUCCCUGCACCUCUCUCUGUUGUUCCUACCACAGAUAUGCUGCAGACAGAAAUGACAGCUGUGGUGGCACCAUUACCAGUUGCCGAGACUCAGAAAGCUGUUAUUACUGCUGCUGAGGUCACUUUGAAAGAGACAGGCAAAGACAAAGUCCCUGACAAGACACAAGUCGAGAAAGAACCGAUGUCUUUGCUUCCAGCUGUGCCAACUGAGGAAGAUGUAGUAAAGGUUAAAGAGGAUAUAUACACUCAACCUGCAAUAGAAGAACAGAAAGAUGUUGUGGUACAGAUUGAUAGCAGUCUUCCAGAAAUUUCUAAAGUAGACACUUUGAAAGCAGAUAUUAAAGAGCAACAUAGAAAGGACAUCUUACCGGUAUCGGUAGAAUCAUAUAGCUCGGCUGAGGAGGAGCUUAAGGAGAUUCAGAGAGUCAGUGAAAUUGCCAUGAGAGAAACUGCUGCAAAGCUGUUGCCUGUCAGAGCACCAGACAGUGUGAAACAAUACCAUGAGGACAGUAGUGAGAGUGAACCCUCCCCUCAGAUACAGAGAAGAAGAGUUAGGCCUGCUUCCUCAAGCAGUGAGGAUUACAAACUAGACAGUUCAAAUUCAGGAGAUGACGAAGAGUUCAUACGAAGACAACUUAUGCACAUGGGUGAAGAUGAGAACUUGCCUUCUGAUGAGGAAAAACACAGAGAAGAAGAACAAAAACCUGAUGAUUCCAUGAAGCCUAAACGUGCCCUAAAGAAACUUGCUGUAGAGCCUGAUAUCACUCAUGACCAAGAUGAUCAUGUUGUCCAAGUCAUCCCUGUCUCAGAAGCUUUAGAAGAAAUCAGAGUGGAAAUAGAUGUGUCAAAUGACAAUGAGAAGAUCAUAGCUGCUGACACCACAACAGUUGACAUUACACAAAAAACUCCCAUUAGACAGACCACGGAGGAGCAUGAGAGUCUGAUUGAAGACUCGUCCAAAGGUGAUGGGUCAUCCAGUGUUCAGGUGUCUAGCAUCACGCCAGGAACAGCUUCGCCUACUUCUGUGUCCUCAAUUGAUGAAGACAGUGAUAGUAGCCCAAGUCACAAAAAAGCAAGAGCGGAGAGUAAACAGCAAAGAAAGGCUAAACACAGAUCUCAUGGCCAGGCCCUUCCCACUAUAGAGGACUCAUCUGAGGAGGAUGAGUUACGUGAGGGGGGUGAACAAAUGGAGCAGGAAGAUGAAAGAGAUGAUCAGCAGCAGUUAAGAAAGGUCACGAAAAAAUUAAAGACGGAAAGAGAUGAUCUGGGCAUGCAAAGGAGACGUGAUCAUUUGACUAAAACUGAUAAAUUAAGGCAGGUAGCAGGGACGGAGGAACGGAAGUCCUCUUCCUUCUCUGACUUUUCACCUAGUUUUGAAUCUGAACCAGAGAAUGCAGAAUACAGAACAUUAUCAUCUGAAACUCAUGAUGCUGCAGAAAAACCAUUAAAGAGUGCUGAAGAGGUAUAUGAGGAAAUGAUGCAGAAAGCACAGGAAUACAAAGCAUCAGAGAAAUGCACACCACCUGAUAUUGAACCAUUAUAUGGAGGCAUGUUAAUAGAGGACUACGCUUAUGAAACUUUAGUUGAUGAACAAGAACAGGCUGCAGCAGCUCUUGGUAAAGUCACCUAUGAGCAAGAUUUGAGAAGGAUGUCUGAGCAUGAGUCGGUGAGGAUACUUAUGACACCAGAUGAGGCUUAUGAGGAGAUGAUGCAUAAAAGGAGCAAGAUCUUGCAAGAAGAGAAAGAGGCUCAGCAAAUGUAUGCAACAAAGAUCGACACAUCCUUGCCACUCGAUGUGAGUGACACUUGCUAUGUGACUAUUUCUGGAAAUGAUGCACGUAAUACAGAUCAAAAUGCAAAGCCACUGUUGCAAACAGAGGAUGCCUAUGAAGAGCGACUGAAGAUGCAAAAAGAUGUUUUAACACCCGGAACAAGUCCAACACAGUCAACUCCUGUGUCUCCUGCCUCUCUGACUGUGUCUGAGUCAUCAUAUGAUUCCCCAGAGGUGAUACUCAUCCCUUCAAGUGGGGAAGAAGACAACCUAGCUGAACCUAUUGAAUGCAUUUUGGAGCCUUAUAUUACAGAGUCUACAUCUACUCAGGAUGUGUUUAGGAAUAAAGCUUUAUAUCCAAUUCCUGACUUAAAAAUCACUCAGUGCUCCUCUGGUGAAGAGGAAGUUGAAGAGGAGGAAGACAAAAUGUCAUCUGAGCCAACUGAUAUCCAUCAAAGUGAAGAGGAACCACAAGCCCCAGAAGAAUCAUUUGAGACUGUUCCUAUUUCUGUGAUCUGUGAAGUUCCAUCGAAACAUGUUGUGGAGACAACAGCAAUGUCACCACUGUCUCCACCAACUUCUCCAGCAAUCUCAUCCCCAGAUUCAAAUAUGGAACUAAUAACAGCACCAUCAUCCUCUCCAGUUUCUGGCCAGACAUCCGAAUUAACUACUCCAGCUAGCCCCAGUGUUGCUGAAGUUUUUGCCCCAGUUGUAAUUCAGAUGCCAGACCUGGUGUCUGAGCAAGCCACAGCACACCCAUCGGUAGCUGCUCCUGUUGCAUCUUCCACACAGAUUAUUGAAUCCCCUUCACCGGUUAUUCCAGCUUCUCCACAUAUCGCAGAAAAUGCUGGCACCCCGAUUUCUUCUGAAAUUAUUGUUUCAAAGCCAACACCAGGUCCAAAACCAACUCCUGCACCAAAACCAAAACUUACACAGGAAACAGUCCCUACUUCAGAUAGUGUUUCAGCUCUUCAAAAUUUAACUCAAAAACCUUUGGCUGGUGCAAUACAUGAACCACUUUCAGCUGGUAAAUCAGUCACUACAGAUAAACAAGCUGUUGCACCAGUAAUUGCUCCAAAAGUAGACCAUGUAAAAACUGCUACUACUACCGCUGGUACACCUAUUGUUCAGCCUCACAAAGAACCUUCCGAAGAAAAUUCCACUGUUGUUCAAAUGCCCGAUCUUGUGUCCCCUGCAUUAGACUACCCAGUUCUAGAACAAACUCCAGUUGUAGCACCUACCCUGCCAUCUACUCCACUAAGGAAUCAAACUCCUACAAUUACCCCCACUGUUGCACAAAUGCCAGACAUGGUUACAUCUCCAUCUCAGUCAAUCUCUAUAACUUAUCCAGUACCUUCUUUAACCUAUGCCCCACUUCCAGCUACAGUUUCAGCAGUGGAUCAAUCACCUAUUUCUGUUGCAACAGUGGUAUCGGCGUCAAUACCAGCAAAGGUUCUCUCUACAGACCAGACCAGCUCAGCUGUUGAACAGGUGGCCAUGCCACCUUCUGCUCAAUCCAGUAUUCCUGCUCUACCAAAAGAGACUCCAACCAGCGUUUCUAUUCAAAUUCCUAUUCAGAGGCCAGCAGAAACCAGAUUACACAUGGCACCCCAGUUAGGCCAAGCAGUCACUAUUUCACCUCCAGCAGAUCAGCAUAUUGCUGCAAAGACAGUCUCUGUUGUUUCUCCCACUGUUACUACAACUGUUGCUUUUGGAGCUUCACCCUCCCAACCAGUUCAAUCAAUGAUGACCAAAAUUCAGCCAAGGAUGGUGGAAAUACAGAUGGAAAAUGUACCAGAUGAUGGAAAACAGUCAGUUUCACAAAUCAUUUCUCCUUCUGUACAGACACAGCAAGGUCAAGCUGUUGUCAGACUGCCAAAUCUUGAAAAUGUGGCGGUUAAAACAACUCCUGAAGAUGUGAGAGGCCACCCUGUUGUUGUUAGUGUUUCUCCUUUUACUUAUCCAACCACAAUAUCAAGUUUCAUCACUGAUCCAACAGUUCCUCCUUGUGUGACAUCUGUAAAGCCCCAUGUUUCUCAAGAAAGAACAGAUAAACCAGUGAUUUCAUUUCCACCACCUCCUCUAGCUUCACCUCCAGAAUUGCCAUAUAGCACAGUACCCAAGGCUGGUUUUAACCAGCAAAAGACUAUUCCAGCUUCCUCAUCAGUUACAGCAACUCUACCUGAACCCACACCAAAUGUGGCCAGCAUGAUGAUAAAACCAGCUGUGAGCCCAACACACAAAUCACCACCUCCUGUUCCCCCAAAACCUGCAUGUAUACCCUCAGGACUGGUAUUUAGUCACAGAUCAAGAGAGAGCGUAAAGCCACCAGUUACCCCUGAGCUGGUAGUUGUUCAAACAGUUCGUGCUGCAACUUUACCAAGAACAAGGGAACCUCCAAAUGCAUUGUCACUAAGUUUGACCGCCCCUGUAGAGACCAAGCAUAGUGCUUCAUCACCAAAAUCACCUUUGUCACCAAGAUUUGCAAGAACUCUUGAAACCUAUGUGGUAAUAACAUUACCCUCAGAACCAGGAUCACCUGUAGAGGGCAUUACAACUCAAGCACAGAUGAGAAGAUCAUCAUUGCCAACUCCCAGACAGCAGGUUCCAUCUGAAGCUCCAAGAGUGUUUGCUCCAGUUGCAGUGGAUGCACCUGUGUCAUUAAUUUCAGCACAAAUUGUAGCAGCCCCACCAAAGGCUACCCCAGCUUUAAAUACAGCAGCACCCCUUGAGGUGGUGGCAACUGAAUUUGCUUCAGUCACAGCAGAGACUCAUCAUAUCAAACUAGCUACAGAUUCAAGACAAAGUAUUACGGAACCUUGCGUAACGGUCAAAGAGCUGCCAGUUACUUCUGUAAAAACAUUUGUUUCAGCACCACUUGUAGUGGCACCAUCAGGAGUAGCACAGACUAUGACUGUUGUUCCUCAUAUCACAAUGGAGAAUACAAUGCCUUCCCCAUCUGCGUUUAUAACAUCAUAUGAUACAGCACCAGUUGUAAUGGCUCCUACUGCUUUGAUUUCAGCAGCACCUGUUGCAGCUCCACCACCACCACCGCCACUGCAACCGCCCAUUGCUAUGGAACCAACAGCAUAUCCGACAAUGAUGUACCCCACACCUUCCUUAAGUUCUCCUCUUCCCAUUGCUCCAGUCUCAGUAGUGCAUACAUCAAAACCAUUAGAGGAGGUACCAGUAGCCUUAGCCCCACUUCCUGCUGAGUCUCUUCCUCACUAUACAGUGAGUGGUGUGCAACAGGAACCUGAGAUGCAACAAAUGCAAACAACAUAUUCUGCUCCAAUAACAAUAACCCAGAUACCAAUCCCAGCUCAACAUGACAUUCCUGGUUUGGAUAUGGAAGAAGUACUAAUAGUUUCAGCUCCUGAAGAGGCCUUAACUGAACUGGGUUCAUCACCAGUACCAAUAACACAGCUUCAAGAGCAGCAAACUGUUUAUGAGCAAAAACACGAAAUUCCAGCAGUGACCUCUGCAACAACUGUGCCAGCAGUACCAGUCACAUUUACCCAAUUUACAAAAUCUAUUGAGAGUCAAGAAAUUUGUGGACAAGAUAAAGUUAUUUCAAGCAUGAGCCAAGUCUACUCUGCAAUCUCAACAACUGAGCAGCGUCCUGAUGCAUUGCCUAAUCUUGUAACCCAAGUUGUCACGACUGAAGUGCAAAGAACAACAACUGUGUCAGUUGUCCAGGAGAGGAUUCCUGUCGAACCCAUACCUGAACCUGUGAGUGGUACAGUCAAAAUCCAUCCAGAAGUCCAACCAAAGCCUAAACAGAAUGGAAGAAUACACUACCCUAGUGACGUUAUAGAUCUUACGACAUUUAAAGUCAACGUUACAAUGACUGACCAAGGAAUGGAUCUGACAGCCCCAGAUUCAAGUAGGUCUUCCUUGUCAAGUGAAUCAAGUGGACGACAGGCCACUGCUGUACAGCCUGAAAUUGUAAAUCUUAGUGCUGAAAUAAUCCCCACUACAACACUCUCUGUUGUAACUGACAGCAUAACAAUUGUCACUUGCACAGCUACAAUUGCCUACAACAACAACAAAGUUGACAAGCCUCUGGACCUGGGAAAUGCUACUUCAGUGCCUCUUCCACUUACCACGUACAAUCCAUUUGAGCCACUUGCUCAGAUAGUGUACAGACCAGUGAAUUCGCAACCUAAGCCUACAACCAGUGCGGAGAUUCCUAUUAACCUUUCAUACAGAGCUGUUGCAAGCACAGAUCCUACUCUUAUGCCUGUUACUAUAGCCCCAGUGAGCUUCACAAAUGGCACUGCUGGUGUACCAAUACAUACAGAGCCAUCGGCUGUUGGACCUGUAGACCUCACCACGUCUAAACCAAUGAAAACCAUGGUUGCUUUGUCCUCGUCUUCUGGAGUGGUCACAACUGUUUUGGAAGAUGACGGUACACCAGUUGAUCUAACAUCUGGAAGACGGACUGUUUGCUGUGACGUGAUUUACAGGCUUCCUUUUACAGGGAGCUGCAGAACACAGCCUCCUGUGACCGCACAACCAGACAAUCAAAUUGAUAUUGCCACAACGCCUGUUGAAGAUCUCAGUACCAUGAAGGCUUCGAUAUCUGACAGUAAUUUCAAAGAGGCUGGACUCUUUAGUUAUGAAAGGAAGAAUGGAUUCACCUAUCAGAAUGGGGCAUCUGAGGGGGCUAUUGACUUGACAUCUGCUAAAAUGUCAACAGAAGAAGCCUUAGACUACUCAAAGAAAGGCGCUUUGGCAUUUACUGGGAUCACCACAUCUCCAUAUUCUCAAGGAACAACAUUUGGCAUUAACAGUUUACUAAGAUCGACAAAUGGCAUUGUUUACUCAUCUGUUGCUGCACCCAUUCCCUCCACGUAUGCAAUCACAACCCAACCAGGUUCAAUAUUUAGCACAACCACCAAUUCUACUGAGCCAGUUUCAGCACUUCAAAAUCAGCCCGCUCCAUAUGGCUUUGUACACACCACAGACACAGACCAAACAAUAUUCCCACAGUCUGAUAUAUCAAAGGAUAUCCUACCUUCUGCAUUAGCCAGUCUUCUUCCCUCCCUGACAGCCUUCCCUGAGCUCUACUCGGAUGCUACUCUUGAGGCAAUAGCAGCCUCACUGGACAUGCUGGUAUCUCCGAAUUUCCCUGAUUUAGAUGACAGCAAGAGCCAGCAGUACAAGGCUGAACAUGAGUUCUUACAAUUAGAGAAGUUGAAACAGCUGUGUCUAGCUGAAGAGCUUGAAUGGGAGAGACAAGAGAUACAGCGUUACCGUGAGCAAGAGCAGAUCAUUGUUCAGAAGGAGCUUGAGGAGCUUCAGAACAUGAAGCAGCAACUUCUAAUGCAGCAAGAAGAGGAACGCAAAGCCCAACUUAUUCUUCAACAAGAAACCUUUGCACAGCAGCAACUUCAGUUAGAGCAAAUCCAUCGAUUACAGCAGCAACUUCAACAACAACUAGAAGAGCAAAAGAUAUACCCAUAUGGGUUUGGGCCAUGUGAGGGUAUGUCCCCACCCUUGAACUCAGACAUCAUACUUGACUCAAAAUAUUCCGGGGGAGAUAAUGGACAGUACUGGCCAGUAAAGGAUGACAAUUCAAUGUCAUCUGUUGUGUCCACCCAUGACACCACUUCAGGUCAAAACUGGCUAACAACAACAACAUCUGGGGCUUUUACACAGUAUGGUUCAAGCAUUCCUGUAGUGAGUGCACAGACAAAGGAUCAAAUGCAGCUGUCCACAAACCUGCCAGAUACAUCCAAGCAAGAGCAAAGUGUAGGUUUAAGUGGAAAGAAAUUAGUUGAGAGUGGUGUUCAAACAGAUGAUGAAGAUGGGGUUGAAAAGAUUCCUUCUGGUAGAAGGAGAAGAAGUAGGAGAAGUGUAGAUAGCUGUGUGCAAACUGACGAUGAGGAUCAGGAUGAAUGGGAUGCCCCCGUUCGGAGCAGACGCAGGUCUCGUUCCAGCAGAUAUGCUGAUGGAGAGAAGGGGAAAAGCUCCAAGGUAUCAAGUAUUGCGAUUCAGACUGUAGCAGAGAUUUCAGUUCAGACAGAGCAUUCAGGGACAAUUACGAGAUCUCCUGUUCGGGCUCAGGUGGACACAAAAGUAGAUUUACACAGAGAGGGCCAAACGGAAAGCGAUUCAGAUAUUACAUCAGACAGAGAUAAAAGACGUCUAGGUCCUGCUGAGAUAAGUGUUAGCACACACCUGACAGCUGAUGAUGUUGGAACCUCGUUAGUUACCAAAUCUCCAAAGGUAUUAUGCUCCCCAGUUUCACCAGUGUCACCUGGAAAAAGCUCACAGAAGAUGCUUACUGCUGAUUCAUCAAGGCAUCUCAGUAGUCCAAGAUCACUAAGGGCCUCACAACGAUCACUGUCUGACAAGUCACUCAGUCCUACAACUGAGGACAGAAUGAUGUACCAGUACUCAGACACCUACUCAAGCAAAGGUUCCCAGAGUGGCACACCAGUUGGCAGUCAGAAGAAAGUGAAACGCACACUACCUCAUCCACCACCGGAAGAAGAUACCCUCAUUGGCCUCUCGGGGUACACCACUGCUUCUGCCAGAAGACGAAUGUGCAGGAACACCACUAUGGCGCGGGCCAAAAUCCUCCAAGACAUAGACAAAGAGCUGGAUUUAGUUGAACGUGAGUCCUCAAAACUCCGUAAGAUACAGGCAGAGCUUGAUGAGGAGGAGAAAGAGAUAGAUGCUAAAUUGAGAUAUCUGGAGAUGGGUAUAAAUCGAAGAAAAGAGGCUUUACUGAAAGAGAGAGAGAAGAGGGAGAGAGCCUACUUACAAGGAGUGGCAGAAGAGCGAGACUACAUGUCAGAUAGUGAGGUCAGCAACAUCAGAGAGGCACGAGGUAAUGGUCAUGGACUAGAACGGCCACGGACUGCACCACAGUCAGAGUUUAACCAGUUCAUUCCACCACAGACUGAGUCUGAGUCCCAGUAUGCACAACUUACGAGCCCAUACUCACAUUAUCAGUAUGCAUCCCAGACAAGUCAGUAUCCUCAACAGACAUUGUACCAGCAGCAGUCUCUUUACCAUCAGCACGUGUCCCCCUACCAAUCUAUCUACUCAUCAGUGCCCUCACUCAAUCAGCAGUCCCAGCAGACUGGCUAUGACCAUUCCUCACUCCUUCUGAUGCAACAGAAACCCCGUCAGACUACUUUGUCUGACUUAGAACCAAAGAUUACGACAAACUAUGAGGUCGUACGCAACCAGCCCCUCCUAAUUGUCCCUACAUCCACAGAGAGUGCCUACGGAGUUUCCCAUCUUGGUGGUAAAUACAGUAGCCUUGAUCUGAGGAUGGGCCUGGAAGAGAGAGCCAGCAUGGCCAGCAGUCCCAUGUCCAGCAUAUCAGCUGAGUCCUUCUAUGCAGACCUCGAUCAUCACAAUGCCAGGAACUACGUCUUGAUUGAUGACAUCGGCGAACUCACAAAGAGCUCCACGGGACUCAGUUCAAGCUUCAGUAUAGCCGAUAAGGAUAUCAGCAAAGCUGACCGACUUCUCCGUACUGCCGACGUUCGUCGGACACCAGAUGUGGCAGACUUUCUUGGUCCUCUUCAGGCUGCUUCCCGAUUGCAUUCAUAUAGUAAGGCAGACGAGGAUUCAAUGGAGGAGCCAUAUGAAUUGAAGAUGUUGAAACAGCAAAUUAAGCAGGAGUUCCGGCGCGGUACGGAUAGCCUUGAACAGCUUACUGGCCUGCCUCACUACCUCCACUCUGACACUAGUUUUAGGCAUUUCCCCAAAGCUGAGAAAUAUAGCAUUGGGAGACUGACUUUGGAGAAGCAAGCUGCCAAGCAGCUUCCUGCCUCCGUUCUUUACCAGAAGCAGCUAAAGAAUAAAAAAGCCCUAAUUGACCCCAAAAUUACAAAGUUUUCGCCUAUCCAAGAGAGCAGGGACCUUGAACUAGAUUACAGCAGCUUUUUGGCCUCUGCCAGCUCAGUUAGUGGGUUGUCUGCCAGGGCAAGGCUCCUGCAGGACGAGAUUACAUUUGGUCUUAGGAAGAACCUAGUGGAGCAACAGAAAUAUUUGGGUUCAGCUCUUGGAGCUAACCUGGCUCAGUCACUCAACUUUGGACAAUCUCUCAACCUAGGGCCUACCAUAAGGUCUUCCCUUCACGAAGACGGCACCUACCCCAGUGGCACUCGGUCAAGACCUUCCUCUAGGCCUUCCUCUGUAUAUGGACUGGAUCUGUCUAUCAAAAGAGACUUGUCAAACUCCUCACUACGCCUGAAAACAGAGGGUGAGGGCAUGGAUUCCCAGUUUGUAUCUAGGGCUAAACCAACAAGUCUGCCAAUUAGUCAGAGCAGGGGUCGAAUUCCCAUUGUUGCACAAAACUCUGAAGAGGAGAGUCCACUGAGCCCUGUUGGUCAGCCAAUGGGCAUGGCCAGAGCAUCUGCAGGCCCACUCCCACCCAUCUCAGCAGACUCACGGGACCAGUUUGGCUCCAGUCACUCUCUUCCAGAAGUCCAACAGCACAUGAGAGAGGAGUCCAGGACAAGUGGCUAUGAACGGGACAUUGCCUUUAUAAAGGAUGACCUUCAGGGGGCCAUGUCAGAUAGCGAAGCUGGAGGUCCUAGCUGGAAUGUGAAAGCAUAUCACCUUCAGCAUGAAGAGACGGACUGGUUUGACAAACCCCGCCAGGGACGCGGUGGACCAGAAGCCGGGCUAGAGAGAAGACAGAUGAAAGGCAGCCAUUACCCCUUCCCACACUCUCACAUCAAACUGCAACGAGACCCUAAGGACCACACCGUCUCAGGUAGUGGGCUGGGAAUCAGAGUCGUGGGUGGAAAAGAGAUUCCAGGGACCAACGGAGAGAUCGGAGCCUACAUCGCCAAGGUUUCAGCAGGAGGAUGUGCUGAGCAUGCGGGAAAAGUUGUUGAAGGAAUGCAGGUUCUGGAGUGGAACGGAAUCUCUUUGCUGGGAAAGACAUAUGAAGAAGUGCAAAGCAUUGUGGGUCAGCAGUAUGGAGAGGCAGAAAUAUGUGUGCGCCUAGACCUAAACAUGCUUUCAGACACAGAACACCCUCAACAACUGGAGCUCCAUAGUCAGCUGAGAGCUGGUGAGCGUCAGCGUUCUCCAGGUGUAGACCCAAAGCAGCUGGCUGCAGAGCUGCAGAAGGUGUCACAGCAGCAGGCUCCUGCCUCCGUGCUGUCUGCUCUGGAGAGAGCGGGACACUUGCACUCUGGCACCGGAUCUGCCGCUUCAAGUGGGGUCCCCAGCCCUGGGCAACCCGGGUCCCCAUCCGUCAACAAGAAGCGCCAUAGUAGCAAGUCAGCAGAGGUUCUGAAGCCACAACCGCAUCCAAUCACUGGUGAAAUACAACUUCAAAUCAACUAUGACAGGAAUAUGGGCAAUCUGAUUGUUCACGUGCUACAAGCAAGAAACCUCGCUCCUAGAGAAAACAACGGAUACACAGACCCCUUCGUUAAGGUCUAUCUCUUGCCAGGAAGAGGCCAAGUCAUGGUUGUCCAGAACGCAAGUGCUGAGAACAAGAGAAGGAUUAAAUAUGUCCAGAAGACGCAAAACCCGGAGUGGAACCAGACCGUCAUUUAUAAAAACAUCCAUUUGGAGCAGCUGAAGAAGAAAACUCUGGAGGUUACUGUGUGGGAUUAUGACAGAUAUUCCUCAAAUGAUUUCCUUGGAGAAGUGCUCAUUGAUCUCUCAAACACGGCUCAGCUUGAUAACACGCCUCGCUGGCACCCUCUAAAGGAACAAAGUGAGAGUAUUCACCAUGGAAGAACCCACCCUCCGCAGGGGCCCGGCGGCUCUGGGGGACUCGGAGGUCAGGGCGGCCCUGGCAGUCAGGGAGGCCCUGGAGGACCGGGAGGUUCUUUAGGUCAAGGAGGGCAACCGGGGAACCAGCAGUCCCCUAAAACGUCUGUCAUCAAGAGCCGAAGUCACGGCAUUUUCCCUGACCCUGCUAAAGACACACAGGUCCCCACAAUAGAAAAGUCCCACAGUAGUCCCGGCAGCUCCAAAUCUUCCUCUGAGGGUCACUUGCGCUCCCACGGCCCCUCACGCAGCCAGAGCAAAGGCAGCGUCACCCAAGCCCACCUGGAAGAAGCCGGGAACGCCAUCGCUGCAGCUGAGGCUGCGGUGCAACAGUCCAGACUCCAGCCAAAUAAAACAAACCACCGAAUGAUCGAUGGGGAUGCAUACACUCUGGACAGUGAAGAUAACUUGGGUACUAACGCUGUGGACAGUGCCAUAUUUCAGGUCCCUCAGUUGAAAAACAUUCCGAACGGAACAGAUAAAAGCAGAGGACUUGAAUCUUUGAACCUGUCUGAUUCAGAAGGUAAGAUGAUGGGUGAGAUCAAGGUUGCUCUGAAGAAGGAAAUGAAGACUGAAGGAGAGCAGCUGGUUCUUGAAAUCCUGCAGUGCAGAAACAUCACCUACAAGUUCAAAUCUCCAGACCACCUACCUGACUUGUAUGUAAAGCUUUAUGUGGUGAAUGUGGCAACUCAAAAGAGGAUCAUAAAGAAGAAGACCAGAGUGUGUCGCCACGACAGAGAGCCAUCAUUCAACGAGACGUUUCGCUUUAAUCUGAAUCCUGUUGGCCACUCUAUUCAGCUGUUCCUGGUGUCAAAUGGAGGGAAGUUCAUGAAGAAGACCCUGAUUGGCGAGGCUUACAUCUGGCUGGACAAAGUGGACAUGCGUAAGCGGGCGGUCAGCUGGCACAAGCUAGUAGCCACCACCAGUCAAACGCAGCCGUAAUCACACCGUCUCAUCAUCUCUCAUCGGUGCCCUCCAACAAAAGAGACCUAAAACAGGACAAGGUGGGUUAGUGGAUCUGGAAUGACUGAUGGAUCAUGGAAAGAGAAAAUCAAGGUUGAAUUCAUUGAUACAUUGAAUUCAUUGAUUUCCACUCCCAGAGCGCUGCUGUCUAUUUAAGGGAGUAAUUUCUGCUACUACAUUCUACAUCUAAAAUAUCUUAGGCAUGGGCCAGUUAUUACAGUCAUUUCCGCUAUCAUCAUGUGUCCAAAAUCAUAUAUAUUUCUUGCAAAAAACAUUCAUAAGGAGAUAGACGUAGCAUAUAGUUGACACAAUCAUAUGAUAUAUAAUGACCAUAUCAGACUAUGUUAUGCACUGUAUGGAGGUUACACUGUAAAGAAGAAAGACAAUCGUAAAUAUAAAGGAUUCUCCUUAUCGAAUGCAACAUCCGAUCGCACACGGUUCAAGAUUCCUCCGUUUAUAAUGUCUUGAGUGUCGUCUUUAAUGUUUAGGGAAUGUUGAAACUGACAUCAGCUAUUAGACAUGGUUUUCAAACGAACCUCUUGAUUAUUUCAAAACGCUAAAUGAGGGUGUACUUCGUUUUUGAGGUUAAAGGGCAUCUAUUUUCCGUCCUGAAGUAUGAUUGUACGUGUCCACGAUGUGUGUUUGUUUAAUGAACAGCAUCUUGAAGUAAAUGUCAUGUUAGUGGUCAGAUGUUGUCAUUAAUAGUCUCUGUUUUGUGACCAAGUUGUAUGUGGAAUCCAAAUAUGCAAUGACAAAAAAAAUUAAUAAUAAUAAUGAUAAUAAUUAACGUACAUUCGAGUCCUCUUUAUAUAAGGGUUCUGGCUCAAUUGGCUUGAUUGAAAUCCUAAUGUUUGAUGUUUAUUUUAAUGGUGCAAGGUGUGUGUCCCGCGUCACGUGUCACUGAUGGUGCAUUUUUAAUAUUGUUUUUCUGCUGUGAAGUUCAUCUGUUCAUGUUUUCAUUACGAUCACUGCCGCUUUAACCUGCACCAUAUCAGUGUGUAACUACACUAUAUGUGCCAUUGAUGGAUAAAGGCACGUGUUUUUGUCUGUCUAGGAUCAGCAGACAGAAGUUUUCUAACUCAACAGUCAGUGUUUCCAUUAUCAAUAUCAAUGGACAUAUUUCACACAUGGAAACCGAUUGUUUUGUAACCUGGCUAAUAAAAUGUACACUAACGUUUCCAUAUGAUUUAAUCUGCAUCUUGCACAGGUGGUGCACAGAUGUACCUGAAUAUAAGGUUGCUGUCGUAGUGAGAUGAACUAUCGUGUGCCAACCUGAUGUUUUAACCAAAUCCACUGGUUCUGUUUGGGUAAAUCUAUGCAACAUGGAUUAUGUUCUUUGAAUGCAUAAACCUUAACAUGCGACAUCAAACGAGUGUCUGAAUAUAUGUAUAUCUGUUAAAGAAAAAAGAUAUUAAUUAUAUGAAUAUUGUAUAGUGUUUAUUUUUAUUUAUGUAUUUAUUUUUUACUUCCUCUUUAUGGCACAGUACAUAUUAAUCAUAUGCACUUUAUGUUGUUUUCAUAGAUUUCUAAAUUUCAUCGUAAGAAAAUAUACUGACUAGAAAAAUUCGAUUUUUUUUCGUGAAGAAAAAAAAUCUGUGCAUUAUCAUGAUGGCCAAUUAAAACCUAUAACAAGUGUCAUCAGUUUUAUUUACAAAGUAUGUUUUUUUUUCAGUUUUUCCCUUUAAACAAGCACAUCCAUUCAUUUUACUACUAAACAUCAUCUUUUAUUCUAUUACCCCAUUCCUUCUAAAAUCAUAAUGCGUUUGAUGAAUUAAUUUGCUGUCAACCGUGUGAAUGUGAUUUUGGUUAUUUUUUGAUUUUGUAAAUAUAUAGGAUAUUUUCUACAAGAAGAGGUCUGAAUAUUUAUUUGGUCUGACGUUGAGCAUGUGAUUGUGAUCAAGGUCAAACUCUGUCUGUACAUAUUGUAUUUGUCUAACUGUGUAAGAAAAUACUAUCUGGAUCAGUUUAAAAAUCAUGUGUUCGAUCAAUCCAUUCCAACCUGUUUGACAAAAUCAACAACAUCUCUCAGAAUGAAAACAAUGUGGUUUAAAAAAAAAAAAAAAGAAGAAAAAAAAGACAACGCAAAAUUUC